AUCAGGACGGAGGAGAAAAUGCGUGACCAAAGGCCAUCUCCUCUUGGAAGGUCCACCCCGGGUGCAGUUAGCAGAAUGGACGGUAGGGGGCAACCGCGGGUGCAGGAAGCUUAGAGAGGCGGCGGGCGUGAGAACAGCUUCCAGUCAUCAGGAAACCCCUGCUUUCCUUCAUUGAAGAAAUCUGGUCCUGCUGAUGUUGGCGUAACCUUUGCCGUGUUUUCCAUCCGCGUCGUUGCUUCGGGAGGCAUGUCCUCCGGCUCACUCUCUUCAUCUUCAGUAAGAGCUGCUGCUACUCAAAGGGUUUUGGAGCAAGAAUCGGAGCCGUUUCUUUAGCCUUACUUGAGCCCCAGUUUGCUGGGUGUGGCAGAGGCGUUCUUUGCUGUAGAUCUCGGCAGGCUAUGUCAGGAGGCCCGCAGCUUCUUCAGCUGGUCACGUCUCAGCCUGCGAUCGGAGCGUUCCUGGCAGCUCCUCUGGCGGCUCCAGCGCCCUGCAGCUGCGCAGGCCUGUCCUCCACAUGGCCUUGAAAUGAUGGAUGCCCCUGGCCAAGACCCCUCCCUGGAUUAUCUUCCUAAUGACGUCUUCCCCUAUUUUUGUUGUUGCUGUUGUCCUUUUAGGGCCGCACCUGCGGCACACAGAGGGUCCCAGGCUCUGGGUCGAAUCAGAGCUGUAGCUGCCAGCCUACGCCACAGCCACAGCGACGCUGGAUCCUUAACCCACUGAGCAAGGCCAGGAUCGAACCCGAGGCCUCAUGGAUGGAUGCUGGUCGGGUUUGUUAACCACUGAGUCACGCUGGGAGCGCCUCUUCCCUGUUGGCUGUAGUUUGAUGCUACAGCUUUCUUUUCGUUGGGUUGGUCCCACAGGUUAUGUAUUCUGUCUUCCAUCUUUUUGCCUUUUAGCUUUUCUGUUAUUUCCUUAUUUGUAUUUUAUCUUUUACUUAUUUUGUGAGUGUUUCGUCUUUUCUUGUCGGUUGUGGUUUGCAUUUCCAAGAGCAGUUGUUCCUUCUUCCUUUCUGAUUGUCCCUUUUUUCGUGGCAUCUGCUUCUUGCCUGUGGACACAGAGCUUUUCGUGUUGCUUAGAACGCCUUGCUUUGCGCUUUUCCCUGGGCCUCCACAUUGUCUGCUGGUUCCUGUUUCGUUUGGGCAGGUGUUUCUCUCUCCCGUAGACGGGAGCGCAUUUCGGUGGGGUGAGAAGAUGCUGUCGCCCACGUGGUCGUUAAGGGCAGAGCCAAAGACAUUCCAGAGCUAAGGAAAUGCCCUCCCUCCCCUCCCUGGGGGCAGGUGCCUGGCUGUGGCUGCUGCUUCCCAGAAGCGGGCAGAACCCUCAGAGGUAGACAUUUACUCCCAUACCCUAUGGUCAGCAUUGCCGUUAAAAAUGAGUCUGUUGAGGCGUUUUUGGUUUUUGUUUGUUUCAGCCUUGGCCAUGGCAUUCCAAAGCUCCCUGGCCAGGGAGCAAACCCUCGCCACAGCAGCAAGAAUGCUGGAUCCCGAACCCGCGGUGCCACCAGGGAACCCCAAGUGAAUUUUCAUGAUGUGUAUAAUUUUCUCUAGAUUCUUCUUUAGAAAGAAAGACAUGAAGGCGCCUGGGGAGGGCACUCCCGGCCUUGCUCAGCUCCUGCAGCUCCUGGUGCUGCCAUGGCAGCAUCACCCAGCCCCAGCCUCUGUCUUCCAGCACCUUCUCCACAUGUAUGUCCUCUCUCUGCCUCAUGAGGACACUUGUCCCUGGAGGCAGGGCUCACACAGAUAAUCCGGGAUGACCUCACCUCAUCUGCCAAGACCCUUUUCCCUGAUAAGUUCACGUCUAUGGGUCCCAAGGGCAAGACUACGACCUACCUUUUGGGGACUGCCAUUCAGCCCACAGCACAACCUGGUCCCCAAAGUAAAUUCAGGAUGCGCUGCCCCGGGAGGAAAAGCCUGCCUUUCCUUCUUAUUUUUGUGCCUGUAUCUCUCCAUGGGGCUUUGUCCCAAGAAGCCAGCCCGGCGGGGCAAAGAAAACCAUUUUUUGAGCGCCUCCGGAGACUAGAAGAGCAGUUUCGGAGGUCCCAAGAGGCGACCCUGGCACACCUGCGGCUCGUUGCCAGCAACCACAGCCCGUCCCUUGACAUUGAGGCCCGGUUCCAGAGCCUGGCCCAGGAGAACCAGGCCAUGGCUCUGGCGCUCAGCCGAUCGCAGGCCGUCGUGCAGGGCGAUCUGGGUCACCUCAAGACCUGGAUGCGGAAAAUGCAGCGCAGAAGCCGGAAGCUGGACCGCAGGCUGCUGGCCUUGGACGCCGCCCUGGGCGAGGGGAGCACGCGGCGGGAGCGGGAGCAGGAGGCCCAGAGGGGUGCCCUCGCCAGCCUGGCCCUGGACGUGCAGGCCCUGCGGGAUGCGCUGGCUCGCCUGAUGCCCCUCGUCCAGAGCCAGGGGGCCAGGCUGGCUGCCCUCGAGGGGCAGCUGCAGGUGGUUGCCCCAGGGGUGACCGCAGCCCAGCCAAGGCCCUCAAGCCCGAGCUCCCCACAGCUGCAGGGAGGCAGGCAGGCGCUCGGAGCUCCCCCUGCACCCGGGGACGCCUGUCUGGACUCCACUCGCCGUCUCCAGGGGACACUGGAGCCCCCGGGCCCAGGCAGCCCCCAGGUGUGGCCCCCCGAGAGCCCAGGAGAGAUUUGCAGCCCGGGCCCCGCGCUCCUCUUCCCGAACGCCUCCAGCAACGCCAUCUUCCUCCGUCCUGGCUUCCUCACGGGCCUGCGGGCCCUGUCCGUCUGCAGCUGGGUCCCCACGGCCUCGGGCCACCUGGGCACCCUCCUCUCCUAUGCGACCGAAGAAAAUGACAACAAGCUGGUUCUGCACGGCCGCGACUCUCUGGUCCCCGGCUCCAUGCACUUUGUGAUCGGAGACCCAGACUUCAGGGAGCUGCCCCUCCAGCCACUGCUAGACGGCCGGUGGCACCACGUAUGUGUCAUCUGGACUUCCGCCCUCGGCAGGUACUGGGUCCAUGUGGACCGCAGGGUAGUGGCCACCAGCUCCCGCUUCAGGGAGGGCUACAAGAUCCCCCCCGGAGGGUCCCUCGUUCUAGGCCAGGAGCAAGAUAGUGUGGGGGGUGGAUUUGACAGCUCCGAGGCCUUUGUGGACAUGGCAGGCCUGGGCAUAUGGGACCGGGUGCUGGUCCCUGGGGAGGUCUCCAACCUUGCCACUGGAAAGGAGCUCCUGAUGGGCGCCAUCCUGACGCUGGCCAAUGCUGCACUGGUAGGCGGAUUCGUGCAGAGGUCGAACUGCACCUGUCUACCGCUCUGUCCGGAAGGCCUCAACCCCAGCUGCUGUGCUCCCACUGUGGGCACAGCUCUGCAGAGGGUCCCCACCCAGACCGAGGGACAGGCUGCUGCCUCUGAUCUGGGCUGGGCAUGGCUUCCCUCUAACAUGGGACGUGGGCAUUCCACAGGGCCAGGCGAGGGCCCAUAGGCAAAGCAGGGCCCCAGGCACCCCAGGGCCACAUCCCUUCCCACCGAGCAGCAUCCUUACUCCCUGCUUUGUGCUGGGACAGCAUCUCAACAUGGCCCACCCCACCCUGUGGCAGUGCUGGGCUCCAGCUCAGCUUCUCCCCUGGGCACAGGUUUGGGACAUAGCAGUGCAGCUCCUGGAGAGCUCCUGUCUUUCUGGCGUGAACUGCCGUGGCGCUUUCUCUGCAUGCUGGGGAGAGGUUCCCUCUGGGGAUCCUUGUCCCAACAUCUCUCGUGAGAAGGGCUGGGGGUUCCUUUCCUGGCGGCAGUUCCUUUGCCCUGGGGGCUCCAGCAAGGGGGCUGCAAAGGGAGCCAGCUGCUCAGAAACACAGGCGAAGGACACGUGGGCCAUGCUCAGAAAGCCGCUGUAUUGGGAUGUCAUUUGCACACCCUGAAAUUCAGCCAUUUGAAGCAUACAGUUCAAAGGCUUCCAGUAAAUUUGCCGAGUGUGGAGCCCUCAGCACCGUCCUGUUUGAGAGCAUCUCUCUUCCCUCCUUGACCAGAAACCCUGCCUGUUGGGGGCAUUUCUGCACCCCCCCCCAGCUCCGCCCCACCGCCCUGCUUUCUGUCCCUGUGGGUUUGCAGGUCCUGGACGUCUCGCAUGAACAGACUCGCCCCUGUGCGGCCCUCGGGGUCUGCUUCCACCACUGAGGCCGUGUUUUCCAGGCUCAGGGGCGCUGGAGCUGUCAGUGCUUCGUUCUUUCGUGUGAUGCGUGA